GUCCGAGACGAAAGAACAAAGCGUUGCUCAAAGUACCAAAGUCAUUCAAGACCGAGUUGAGGUUCUGACAAACCCAUAAAUCCGAGUCCGUCUUUGGUCCUAAGGAGAAUCUGAACAGGAAACUCGACCUGACUCUGGUCCAGAGAGCCUCCCUCCCUCCAACUCCUCCAAGCAGUUGGGGUCACAUCUGGAGCGAUGUUUGACAAGCAGCACUACGACAGCCCGCCGGUCUACACCCCUCCAUCCAACAAUGGCUUUGGUCCUACGGGCAGCUUGCAUGGCCCCCACAGCGACUACAACGCGUACCCACCUCCACCGGGGUCCUACUACAUCGAGGACAAACCGCAGCACUUCUACAAAUGGCUGUCCCCUCCUGGGAUCAUCAAGGCCAUGAUGGCGACAGUGAUCGUGCUCUGCGUGGCCAUAUUUGCCUGUGUGGCUUCAACGCUCAUGUGGGAAUUCCAGUAUGGGAUGGGAGGGGGUUACUACGGUUCUGGUAUGGGCUACGGCAGCGGAUACAUGGGAGGAAGCUACGGCUCAGGCUACGGCUCAGGCUAUGGUUAUGGAGGAGGUUACGGAGGCUACGGAAACUACUAUGGCAAUUAUGUUUCUCCUUAUUCGGCCAAAACCGCCAUGAUCGCCAUGGCAGCGAUUAACUUUAUCGGAGCGCUGUCCUUUUUUAUAGCCAGCUUCUCAAAAUCCAACGCAGUCCGCAGCAGGAAGUUCUUCCUGGCCCUCCUGAUAAGCAGCAUUAUUAUGGCGAUCCUGCAGGGCAUCAUAAACAUCGUGUACAUUGUCGGGGUGAACCCCAUGGCUCAGAGCUCCUCCAGUAUGAUGUACAAUCCGAUGCUCGUGAUGUGCCAGAACCUCUACCAGACCAGCUACUCCCAGAUGGGAGGGGUGGGAGGAUUCCCCAUGUACAACCAGUACCUGUACCAUUACUGCUUUGUGGACCCUCAGGAGGGAGUUGCCAUGGUGUGUGGAUUCGUGGUAGUGAUCGCUUUGGGGGUUACUGCUUUCUUUGCGCAAAGGACAAGAGGGAAGAUCUGGCGCUACGGAAAACCAAACAUCUACUGGGACGAGCCUCUCGUUGGUGGGAAGGCCUCGGAGGGCAGAGAUGUGGAGGAAUGGGUGAACAAUGUGGAUGAAAGCCGCAGCGUUCAGGACGCCCCAACCCUGCUGGUGACGGAGAAGGGAGGGGGGCUGCUCAACGCCUCUGCAAACAGCGUCGCCUCCUACACCCCAGUAAAGGUGGACAACGGCUCCUAUAACGGGGACGACAACCAGUAUUCAGAGAGAACGACGAGCCGACCAUCUGAAGCAUUGUUCCACAGCAGGACCAGCUCCAGCCCCUCAGAGGAAGCAGGCGGGGGCCGCAGACCCGCAGCCAACAGGGGCAAGAGGCGCAGGCGUAACCCAGAACUGGACGAGUCUCAGUAUGAAACAGAAUACACCACAGGAGGAGAGACGGGCAACGAACUGGACGUAGAAGAAUGGGAAAGAAUGUACCCAGCAAUAGCAUCGGAUGCUCAGCGGCACGAGUAUAAGACAGAGUUCGACGCAGACCUGCGCGAGUACAAGCACCUGUGUGCCGAGAUGGACGACAUUAACGAUCGUCUGAACAAGCUCAGCUGGCAGCUGGACACGAUUGAUGACACCUCGAUCAAAUACCAGGCCGUUGCCGAGGAGUAUAAUCAGCUGAAGGAUCUGAAACAGACGUCAGAUUAUCAGUCGAAGAAGACAGAGUGCCGCAGGCUGAGGCACAAACUGUUCCACAUCAAACGCAUGGUGAAGGACUACGACAAGAACCACUGAACCACUGAACCGCUCCGUGCUGACGGUGGAUCACACAGCAACAACCUCACAGCCAAGAGACACUCCAAAGUACUGCAAAGACCGGGACACACCGAGACCAAAGUUACAGCACACACACGCAGAACAGGAUCAAAAUAAGGAUCUAAUUGUGUUUUUUUAAUCUCUGAUCACUCACAACAUUACCAUUUUCCCAGAAAAAUACAAGCAAGACUCUCAGUUGUAGCCUGUUUUUUAUUUUAUUUUAUUCAGGAGUCUGUUUCUUUUUUGAGGGUCAGAGGCUGCUGGGAGGAACGCUGUUUAUCUAUCGGUCACCUGAGAUGACAUCUAUGGCUGUGUUCGCACAGCGUUUGGUUUAUCUGCACAGAUAAGAGACGGGAGCAGUAUCGAUGGGAUGUAGUCAUGAGUGGGAAAUGUAACGAGGAUCGCUUGUCAGCAGAAUUUCAGCUGUGUUAAACUGUGGCUUCUUCUUUUUUUUACGUCAUCGUCAGUAUUCUCAACUAACUUUACCAUCAAAGAACUCCUUACUGGUGGGAACACUGUACAGUUUUUAAUCAAAGUGUUUUAUAAUGAUCGUCACAAAUGUAACGAGACCAAAAAGGGGAGAAACUGGCCGAUGAAUUAUAUUGUGUUGUAGUGUACAUACUUUAAACUGAUGGAGCUGUUCAUACGAUUUAUAAGUAUUAGUACAUACUAAGGACUUUUGUCUUUUUUUAUUUGUUUCAAAAUGAGCUUAGGAUU